CGUAACCUCUUCUACGCGCAAACAUGUUUCGCUUCCAGAGCAUCGUUUACUUUCGUUUUCCCUUCCACAGCUUGAAAAUCGAAACACAAGCAAUGUCAAGGCGAACCAUGGCGCUUCUCUCUCAGUGGUCCUCCCGUGUUUUCUCCGUGGAUUUGGACGGGGAGACGGUUUACUUUAAAUUCCACGACAACCAACCCGGAAAAGGAAGAAAAGAAGUGCAGCAGUGCAUGUUUGGUAACGUUCAAAAGGAUGCCAGAUAUUAUUCUUUGCUCGUUUCCAGCGGAGACAAAAUCAACACCGCAAGGUUUCACUGGAAACUCAAGGAUAAACUGUUAACAGAUCUUCCUGCAGAAUGUCGUUUUUCUCCGAUGUAUUCGUUUCUGCCUAGCGUCAGGGACUCCCUCGUCCGCGGCUAUUUCUUACAAGCGGCUUCUCCUGAGAGCUCCGCCACUACGGAGCGACUUUUACGUCAGUGGCUGCAGCUUGACCACCCCUUACUGGUGUGCUCAUAUGUGCAUGAGGAUGACAAGAACGCUCCACGAUGGAUUCAGUCCUUAUGGAAUCACGAUCAGAAUCACGAGAUAGUUCCAUCCGAACCACCGCAGUACCACCCAGCAACACUCAACUUGAUCAACUCGGAUGUCUUCUACAGUGUCCAAGCGGCUCGUGAAGUUUUUGAAAAGUGUGCUGACAUCAUUCCAGAGGCUGCAUCUGUACUUGAGCUGCUGCCGUGUGCCAGUGACGUGGAGGCCAGAAGCAAACCAGACUUCCCUGUUAUUGUCUUGGAAGGCCUGGAUGCCACAGGUAAAACCACAUUGAGCGAGUCUCUCAGGGAUGUGCUGAAGGCCACUCUUUUGCGUUCCCCUCCGCCGUGUCUCACCCCCUGGAGGGCCCGCUUUGAUCAGGAGCCCCCGAUCCUCCGAAGGGCCUUUUAUGCAUUGGGCAACUACAUCACAGCACAAGAAAUUUACCGGGAAGCCUCCAAGACACCCGUCAUCCUUGACAGGUUCUGGCACAGCACAGCCGCUUAUGCCAUUGCCACAGCCGUAAGCGGACCAGUGUCUGACCUCCCAGCAGAGGACUCCGAGCUGUACCGCUGGCCCGAUGACCUUCCCCAACCAAAUCUGGUUGUCCUCCUUACGUUGGACCCUGAAGAAAGGAAGAGGAGGCUGAAGGGCAGAGGUCAAGGGGAGACCGAAGAGGAGCAUGAGCUGGAUCUCAACCAGCUCUUUCGACUCAGAGUGGAUGAGGCUUACAAGAGGAUCAGUGGUCCAACGUGUAUCAGCGUGGACGCCAGCUCCUCUGCAGAGCAAGUGCUCCAACAAGUGCUGCUUUUAAUUAAGGCCAAAUGCCACUUGUAAACAGCUCUCUUGUCUUUGCUGAGCAUCAAGUGGAUGCACUACCUUGUGUCACCACUAGGUGCCAGAAAAGGGAUGCGGAUGGCAGAGUGGUCUAGAUUAGAAUGAGUGUCGAUGCUACAGAUAAGGGAAUGGGCCAGAGGAGUCACAGUCAACCAAUCAGAGAUACAUAUUCAUCCGAAGACACACACACACACACACUCCCUAAGCCAAAGAGUGCAUUUAACUGCUGUUGUGAGCUCGCAGAAAUCACACCAAGUAUCCUUCAGGCCCUGUGGAGCGCCAUUUACUCAGAGCCUCUUCUACUCAAGGGUGUUUUAUUUUUCACGCCGCUAGCACACCUGAUAAUUUUGGUGACUCAAAGUAAACUAAUCAUUAGACCAGCUAAUAGCAGGUCAAAAUUGUGGCGCAGGUGGGGGGGUAACGCAAAUUUUUCAUCGUAUUUCAUUCAUAAAUAUGACAACAAUGUAUAAUGAUGUAUAAUGAAAUGUAUAUGAGUCAUUGUAGAAACCAGUUAUUAAAGGCCCUAUCCCUGGUAAA